UGCAUAGUUGUUUUAAAAACUUACGGCUGACAGAAAUACUUCUUUUUUGACAUUUUUUUUAUGUCAAGUAAAAAAUACAAGUUGUCAUUUUACACGUGCAUGUUCUAAGUUUUGGCUACUUGUACGUAGUAUAAGGAUUUUAAAGAGUUUUGGUAGUUUUGUUAAGAAUAUAAUUAACGUUCAAUGAAAUAAGUGUUUUUAAUUUUAAUAAAAAUAUCAAAAUAGACUUAUAUAUAUUUUGAAAAUGGGUAAAAAAACAAAAGUUGGGAAAACAAGAAAAGACAAAUUCUACAAAUUAGCCAAGGAAACUGGGUUCAGAUCACGUGCGGCUUUUAAAUUAAUUCAGCUUAAUAGAAAAUUUGGAUUCUUACAGCAAUCUCAGGUAUGUAUUGAUUUAUGUGCAGCCCCUGGAGGAUGGAUGCAGGUCGCUAAGCAAAAUAUGCCAGUAUCAUCCAUUGUUGUUGGUGUUGAUUUAUAUCCGAUUAAGCCAAUUACUGGGUGUAUAAGUUUAGUUGAAGACAUUACAACAGAUAAAUGUAAGACCUCUCUUUCAAAAGAGCUAAAAACUUGGAAAGCUGAUGUUAUUUUGCAUGAUGGGGCGCCGAAUGUUGGUAAAAAUUGGUUAUAUGAUGCUUAUCAACAAAUAUGUUUGACUCUUCAAGCUCUAAAACUUUCAACAAAUUUUUUACGCAGCAAUGGUUGGUUUGUAACCAAGGUAUUUCGAUCGAAAGAUUAUAAUGCUUUGUUGUGGGUCCUUAAACAACUUUUUAAGAAAGUUCAUGCUACAAAGCCUAGUGCAUCACGUAAAGAAUCCGCAGAAAUUUUUGUUGUUUGCCAAGGUUAUCUUGCUCCUACCAAAAUAGAUCCAAAAUUACUAGACCCUAAAUACGUUUUUGAAGAAUUAGAUUUAGAUAACAAAAAACCUUCUUUGUUACACCCAGAAAAUGUAAAACGUAUAAAAGCAGAAGGUUAUACAGAAAAGGAAGUUUCGUUAAGAAAUGAAAUGUCAGUCAUUGAUUUUAUGGAAAAUGAAAAUCCUCUAUUAGCCUUACAGGGCGCUGGGAGUAUUUUGAUUAAUCAUGAAGGUGUAAAGAAUCAUCCAAAAACUACUUUGGAAAUAUUAGAAUGUUGCAAAGAUAUUAAAGUCUUAGGUCGCAAAGAUAUCAAGGGUUUGCUAUUAUGGCAUAAGCAUGUUAGAGCAGACCUUUUUAAACAAGAAGAAAAAAAAGUUGAAGAAGUGGAUAACACGACGCCCAUAAAAGAGUUUACAGUAGAAGAAUUAGAGGAAAUUGAAAUGGAAGAACUUGAAAAACAAAUUGCUGAACUAACUGAAGAAGAAAGAAAAGAGGCGAAACGUAAGAAAAAGAAAAUGCUAAAAGAAAGGGCGAAAUUAAAUGAAAAAAUGAAUUUAAAAAUGGUAAUAAAAGGAGAUGAAGGUCCAAGGGACGAAGGGGAUGAUGGUGUAUUUGUUUUAAAAGAUAUUACAAAUGAAGAAGAAUUAAACGCCUUACAAGAUAUAGCUCCGGACUUUGUUGUUGAAGAUGAAAUGUUAGCAGGUGGAUUCAUACCAAAAUACAAAAAGUAUCAAAAAGAAGAAUCUCAUCUUGAUGAUGACGGGAAUGUAAAUUCAAAAAACGCUACAGAUGACGAAAAUGAAUCAAUUUCUUCAGAAGAAAGUAACUAUGAUGAAACAGGUUUGGGUCUGAGCGAAGAUGAAGACGAAAAUAAAAAGCUGAGAAUAAACAAAACAAAAAAAAAGAAAAAAGAAUUAAAUCCCUUAAUAAAAUCAUGCGAUUAUAGAGAUAAAGACACCAGACGACAACAUCGAGUGCAGUUGUGGUACGAAAAAGACAAUUUGAAUGUAGCAGAAUCUGAAGAUGAGGAACAUGACUUGAACACUUUAGCUCAUGAGUUUAAAUCGAAAGGUGUAGAAGUUUUAUCAAAAGAUAAAAAUACUAUUGAAAACGAGUCAAAAAUUCCUUUGGGCAAAAAAGCAAAACGAAAAGCCCGUCAUAAUCCUCUGAUGUCGGAUUCAUCUUCCGGUGAAAGUAGUGAAUCAGAAAAUGAAACAGUUAAGGAUGACGUAAUAGAUAAAGGAAUUCCAAAACAAAAAAAAAUUAGAUUAAAUGAAGAAGAAUUAGCCCUUGGUUCAAUGCUAAUUAAAGGCAAGAAAACGCGUCGAGACUUGAUCGAUGCUGCUUGGAACCGAUACACAUUCAAUGAUGAGAAUUUACCGGAGUGGUUUCGACAAGAUGAGGAGCAGCAUAUGCGUACGCUUUUGCCUGUACCACCUGAAAUUGCAGACGAGUACAAGAAAAAGGUUCAAGAGCUGAAUAUUCGACCUAUUAAAAAAGUGAUGGAAGCAAAAGCAAGAAAAAAGAGACGUGCAAAAAAAAGGCUAGAAAAAGCUAAAAAGAAGGCUGAACAAAUUUUAGAAAAUGAUGAUGGAACAGCUAGAGACAAAAUACGUCAAAUUCGCAAACUAUACAAAAAGGCAGAAGAGAAAAAGAAAGAAAUAACUUAUGUUGUAUCUAAAAAGCACUUAGCUGGAAAGAGAGUUCGUCGCCCACCUGGUGUUAAGGGCCGUUUUAAGGUAGUAGAUCCAAGAAUGAAAAAAGAUAAACGGGCUACAGCAGUUAAAGAGAAACGUAAUAAAAAGUCAAAACGAGGUUAAUUUUAUUUUCUAACAUCUGUACAUGCAUUCGUAUGUACGGGUCUGUAUCAUAAUUAUUAAUACAUAUGUAUGUAUAUUUAAAAAAAUUGUAAUUUUCUAAAUGUACAGAUUUUAUUUAAAAGUUAUAAAGAAACGGA